AUGGUACCCCCCCCCCCAGUCAUCAUGAAGUGUGAGAGGCCCAAUGACAGGGCGACUCUCAACACAGGGCCUGUACCCGCAGAGGACUUGGCUUACGCCAAGCUGGGGCCCAACCUGUGUCCCCUGGAGGACCUGACCGGCGGGCCGCACUGGAUGUUGGUGCUGAGGACUGGGCUGCACCGGCAGCUGCUAAAGGACAGCUUCAUGGUGGAGCUGGUGGAGGGGGCCCGCAAGCUGCGCCACGUCUUCCUGUUCACCGACCUGCUCCUCUGCACCAAGCUCAAGAAGCAGAGUGGAGGCAAAACCCAGCAGUAUGACUGCAAGUGGUACAUCCCACUCACGGAUCUCAGCUUCCAGACGGUGGACGAGUCGGAGGCGGCUCCCAGCAUCCCUCUGGUGCUGGACGAGGAGCUGGAUGCCAUGAAGAUCAAGAUAUCCCAGAUCAAGAAUGAUAUCCAGAGAGAGAAGAGGGCAAACAAGGGCAGCAAGGCCAUCGAGAGGCUGAAGAAGAAGCUGUCAGAGCAGGAGUCGCUGCUCCUACUCAUGUCCCCCAGCAUGGCCUUCAGGGUCCACAACCGUAACGGCAAGAGUUACACGUUCCUGAUCUCCUCUGACUAUGAGCGUGCUGAGUGGAGGGAGAACAUCCGAGAGCAGCAGAAGAAGUGUUUCAAAAGCUUUUCCCUGACGUCCGUGGAGCUGCAGAUGCUGACCAAUUCGUGUGUCAAACUUCAGACCGUCCACAGCAUUCCACUGACCAUCAACAAAGAAGAUGAUGAAUCUCCAGGGCUGUACGGGUUCCUGAAUGUCAUCGUCCACUCCGCCACCGGCUUUAAGCAGAGCUCAAAUCUGUACUGCACCCUGGAGGUGGACUCCUUUGGUUAUUUUGUGAAUAAAGCCAAGACACGCGUUUAUAGAGACACAGCGGAGCCCAACUGGAACGAGGAAUUUGAGAUCGAGCUGGAAGGCUCCCAGACCUUGAGGAUACUGUGCUAUGAAAAGUGUUACAACAAAACGAAGAUCACCAAGGAGGAUGGCGAGAGCACAGACAGGAUCAUGGGGAAGGGCCAGGUCCAGGUAAGGCCACCACCCUCCUCUGCCCCCUGUAGAGCCCCUCUGCCCCCCCUCAUAUACCUGCCCCUGGACCUGCCCACACCCUCCUCCGGAUGUUCCCAGUUCUUUCCCCAGUUGACCUUCUGGGACACGGAGAUGGCCUGGCUCCAGGGAUUGGGGGCAGGUGCCCCUGGACUUCCAAAGGGACCCUCACAGGUCCUUUCCUGCCCCUCUCUGUGUUUGAGUGUCUGUUAUACCCAUCUUGUCCCCAAAAGAAGUUCAGUUUGGCUUGUUCUCACAGCAGGGGCCUCAGUUUCUCCAUGGCCUUGUGUUUCCUGUGGCUCACCUGUGCAGUUCUGUGCCCCAUUGGGGGGAAGCCCUGAUAUCCAUGUUCCUUACGGGCCUCUUACCAGACCCAGCCGAGCAGGUUCCUCCCUGCCCUGCCUUGGGGGUGGGCACUGACUGCUCCCACUCCUCUCGGAGCCUCGGACCCUCUGGUAAAGCCCCCAGCAGGAGUGGGCUGGGCAUUCCAGGUGUCUGUGGGAGAAGGGGGCUCUCCAUGAAGCCCCACCUCCCUUCUCUGAGGGCAGGAAGUAAAAUCCUUUUGUGCUGAAAUACUGAGCAGCAGGGAUGAAGGAGAGGGAGGGUGACUCACCCCUGAGUAAUUUCGUCUUCCGGGGGUGGGGGGGGCACAUGCUCAUCCUUCAGAGGAGCAAGUCCUCACUUAGCGGGGGCUCCAGACCCCCUCUCUGUUUCACCAGGUUCUCAGGUUCUGGUUCCCCAGGUUUUCACGGCUGCCUAAUUUCCCACCCUGGAAGCUUAUUAGGGAAUUCAGUGGCUCAGGGCCUCCAGGGACCCCUCCCACCCUGUACCUUGAGACCAGGUCUAAAAGCAAAAAUGCUCCUCUGACUGCCUUAUUCCUGCCCUCCCCGACCUGCCUUCCAGCAAACACCACCCCAUACCCCGCACCUUCCCAGGAGAGCAGGCCCAGGGCCUCAGCCGCCCCCACAGACAGGACCUGGGGCUGGACUCUACUGAAGUCAGGGGUAGGACCAGCCUGGGGCAACACUCCAGUGAGUCCACUAAGGUUUGGGAUGCACAUUGGGGAUCAGUGGGGCAGCCUUAUCUGACACAGGGAAAGCAGGAUUAUUGGCCCCUCUCUCAGAUGGUAUAACUGGGGUGCAGGGGGUUCCCAAACAGACUUCAGCUACUCACCGCUGAUAAAAUCUGAAGGCAGAGAGACGAGAGAUGGUGAGACAAGAAAGAGAUUUACUUCAGCGAGGCCACCACCAGGAAGACAGCAGGCUAGCGUCUCAAAGACGGUCUCCAAAGUGCUAAAAAUACUUGCAGGUUUAUAGAAGGAAAGUGUGGGACAAAGGUUGGUGGGUGCCGGCAGGUGGGCAGUGAAGGUCAGGUGGAGCAUUGUCUUGGGGUCAGUCACGUGGGGUCUUGCCGAAUUCCAGGCAGUCCUUACUGCUUGAGGGGAUAGCUUCGGUUCUCAUCACGGGUUGCUUUGCCCGCAGGGUCUUUUGCCUGAGUUAAGAGAUAAGCUGGAAAGAAGAACGUAGUCAAUGAGGAAGUGCGGACUGAGGUAGAAAUGAAGGUGGUUGAAAUCCUCUGUCAAUGGGCAUGGUCUUCUUUGAGGGCCAGCUGCUGGUCCAGGGCCACCCGGUAGAUGUCCUGGACCUGGGUCCUACCUGUGGCUUAGAUGCUGAGGGAGAAGGGGAUGGUUCCUCCUUGCUCCCCAUCAGCCUGGUACACCAUUGAGCCAGUUGUAGCGGUCUCGGUAGCAAAGGGCUUCUGGAUAGAAGAAACAGAAAUGCAAGCCAGUGCUUUUCAGCUAUUCCACUUUCGGGGUCCUAUCCAGGGAUCUUUGACAAGCCAGGUCCCUUCCCCAGCCAUGAGCUGGGCAUGGGCCCCACCUUGACAGAUGCGUGUGCCCACUGCGAAGUUGGGGUGGCGUCUGGGGGUGGCUCGCAUGCUCAGUGCGGACACUCACCACUCUGCAGCCCAUGUGCGUUGACGCCCCAGUGUCCUUGAGAUCCAACCCCAUAUGUCCACAUAGAUUCCGUUCACUUUCUUGGCUUGAUAGAGAAUCCCAUGGAUUGAGUCAGCCAUAUCAAGGGGCUCUUCUGCUCUUGAUGGACACUAAGGGGUUUCCCAGCUUUUGCUGUUCUGUGAGCAGCUGGUGCUGGACAUCUUUGAGGACUGACAUGUUUUGGCACCUAGUGGGCAACAGUCACAGCUCGGGCCCUUUGAGGUUUCAGGCUCUGCUCUGCUGCUCAACAACUAAUGUGUUCCCUUUGCUCCCCCCCCCUCCACAUUUGCAUCUGUCCCCAGCCCCAGCGUCCCUCCCACACACUCAUGCCCUGACCACCCCCCCCGCCCCGUCUUGCAGAGAGCACCAAGGCAAGCUAAGGAUGCACACGGACUGGGUGUCCGGCUCCUUUUUUCAGUCCAUCACACAAGACUAAGGGAGGCUCAGAUUCCACCGACCUUUGACUCGACUCAUCCAAAUCCUCCAGUGCUAGAGUUCUGGGGUGGUAAGAUUUGAACCAGGGCCUCUGAGCACUGUCACUGGAUAACUGGGCGUCUCAGUGGAAAAGAGAAAAGAAAGGAUACUCAUCCUCUUCUUUCAUUCUGUCGAGCCUUCUCUGGAAACCCUUUGCCAUGAUACUACUGGACAUGAACAAAAUAUUCCUUUAUGAGCACAGCCUGUGCUCUUAGACACACCGGGGGUGCCAGGUGAGCACCCUGCCCUGUCCCGGGGAAGAGGAGAGCAGUGGGGUCGUGGGGGCUGGCUUGGGCAUCUCUGAGCUUUAGCUGUUCUCUGCCCCUUUCUGCCCUCUGACCCCAGUCUGCAUUUCCCCAUGCAGGCGCUCUGAGGGGUGCUCCUCAGCAAACACUCUCCCUUCCUGUUCCUUCCAGUAGGACAAGAUAG